AUCACCUCACCUCAUGAAGACAAGCAGAGGAGGCUCAAUCUGUUCCCUGCAAAGUCGAGCAUCUGUAUCCUCGCAUCAUGCAAGAUCCAAGGCAUGUCCCGAACCCAUUACGCCCCUACUAUGUGCCUCCGUCAAUAGGGACGGAACUACCGUCCAACUCGAGUACUGGCGCCUUCAAAUCAUCUUCCACCCCGACCUUCUCCUUUCCAGACAUUGACUAUUCCGACUACAUCCCAGAGGGAAGUCCCUCAAUUACGGGCUCAGUCAAAUCCGUGAUUGAUCGAGCCUUCUGGAAAUAUACCAAUGUCCUCCUCGCACAACCCUUCGAAGUCGCGAAGUUGAUUCUACAAGCGCGCGUUGCACAGGAAGAUGAUGGAGAUGAAGCACCAAAGAAGAAAAAGCUUGCACACGAUGAUGACUUAGACAAUGGCUAUGACUACGAUAAUCCCUCCGAUGACGAACCAAACUACUUUACCUCAACUGCACCGUACGACAGACCUCUUGCGAGUCAUUCGCCGCCUCGUGGCCGGCGUGGAAGACCGCCCCGGGACGACUUCUCUCCCCAACAUGCCUCUGGCCAUGCUCAACAACAGAAUGGCAAGAUAAAUUUGAAGAAUCCUCACUCUCUUCUCGAUGCUUUGUCAUCCCUCUCGUCCGGCAGCGGAGCAUUGGCAAUGUGGCGGGCCACAAAUUCCACCUUCGUUUACAACAUUUUGAGUAGGACACUGGAGAUCUUCUUCCGAAGCUUUUUGGCCGCAGUAUUUGGAGUUGCAGAGAGUGACAUCUUAGUCCCUGCAACUGCUGGAGCGAUCCCAGACACUUCCAUACUCACCUCCACGGCACCAGCUGCCACCGUCCUUAUUGCUACUGCAGCGGCAGCGUUGUCGUCUCUGAUUUUGGCCCCGAUAGAUGCAGCCAGGACCCGGCUGAUCCUUACACCCUCUAGUCAGGAACCGAGGACACUCCUUGGAACUUUGAGGACUCUCCCUACGGCAUACAUGAUCCCGGUCCACCUUGUUCCUAUCACCUUCCUGACUUCUACUUUGCCGACCAUGAUUUCUACCAGCACCCCUGUGGUUUUGAAGACUUAUCUGGGACUCGAUCCGGCCAUGAAUCCGGCCAGCUGGAGUCUGGCAACCUUUGCUGGAUCUGCAUUAGACCUGUCUAUCAAAUUCCCACUAGAAACUGUUCUACGGCGCGCCCAGAUCGCUACAUGGACUUCUCCUGCAUACUCGCCGCCUACUACAUCGUCCAAACGCAAGGCGAUUACAACGAUUGUACCUGUGCCGCAAUCGUACAGAGGAAUUGUACCUACAAUCUGGAGUAUCAUGCGGGAAGAAGGCUAUUCCGAAUCCCAGAAAGACAAAACGGCAGCGUUAGCGGGCAGAGCACCCAGAAGAAGGCGCAAAGGUCAAGGCAUCGAAGGCCUAUACCGUGGCUGGAGGGUCGGUUUCUGGGGCCUCAUCGGAGUGUGGGGCACUUCUUUUGUUGGAGGACUACAAAGUGGUAGCGAGGCUGCCACGGCUGGGACCGGUGUUCAUGGUGGGAAAUUUUAGACCCUGAGAAAGCUCAAGGUUCUUUUCUUGUGUUUGAUUUGUUAUGUUGCGGCCUCGCUACUAUGUGUAUAUGUAUGUGCGGGUGGCCGGGAUCAGCAAGGCGUUUUGGGUGUUAGCUGAUGAUACCCCCUACUCUUCUCACUGUGGACAUGGAAUUUACUCGUACAGUACAAGCUUGUACAAGUUGUUGGACCCUGAUCGGAUGCUGUGCUUCCUCUAUUAAUCUAGUAGUGGCCUGACUCGCGGCUGUUUAUCGUAUGAGCGAAAUCGGAGCCCCUCUUUCUUGGCAGAGAGCACCCAUCUAAUCUGAUUAGA